AUGAGAUCAAAAAAAAAGAAUAUCGUGGAUUUGGUGGAUGGUACCGGAAUGCAACAGGAACCCGUUGGAGUGACAGUAACUGAAAACCGUUGCCACAGAAAUGACACGGUCGCAUAUGACAUCGCUGAAAGCGCGCUAUUGACGAUCAAUACGAAUACUCUGUUCCCCACUGGCAUACCUCGCGAUUUUUCCAUUUUAGUCGUUGCCAGACCAAAGAUCGGAUACCCGGUUGCCACGUUAUUUGCCAUCUACAGCGAUAGUGGUGAGGAACAGUUGGUGCUAUCAUUGGGCAAUGAUGUCACUCUUUACUACAGUACAACACCAAAUGACGGAGACAAAGCAAUUUCAUUUGGGAUUGAUAUUUCUGACGGCAAAUGGCAUCGAUUAGGAAUCAGCAUUAAAGGCGACACCGCCACGCUCAUUCUCGAUUGUACUCAGCAAAUUUCCAAAGAAUUGCGUAGAAAUCUUGACGAGCCGAUCAGUGUCAGUGGUAUCAUACUCAUCGGUCAACAGAUCGUCGAUGGCAAUGUGUACUUGGGCGGUUUGGAAAUGCUGAAGAUUGCUCCCAUUCCGGACGCAGCCUACGAAAUUUGUACAGUUUUCGCACCAGAUUGUAGGAAUCAUACGAGACAUAGAUUUGGACAAAAUGGUCAUUCGAAUACGCAAAAUUAUGGUUCCGUGGUACAUACAACAUCGUCUACUUAUCCUGGGGGUAUAACAGGUAUCGAUGUCGGCCAGAUAGUCCAAAGUUCCAACUAUGCGGGUGAAGCUCUUUCGACUGGUAGAUCGUAUUAUGAAACGAAUUAUAACAGUCUAAAUUCGUCUCGAAGUUAUGGUAGGACACCUACGAUAUCUGGGUUAAAUUCUUCGUAUAACGAACAAGAUGAAAAUCUGGUGACAGAAACAGAGGAGGAUUAUGAGGAUGGAAGUGAAGAAGGGAACGAGGAUGUAUCGGUCGAAGACAACAAUGACUAUAAUUUAUCUUACAGACCCGUGAAUACAACAUAUGCAUCGAGACCAACCGUGGAAACGUUUCUUUAUAAUCACAGUGCCGUUUUCAAUACUAUCGGCUCAACUAUAAUAGAUCGCUAUCAAACGACAACUUCAGAGAUGCCUGAAACUACUGACAGUUUAGCUGGUGAUGUUCAAGGGGGUUUGAGAUAUUUAGAGUCUUCAGGAGGAUCGUAUUACAGUCCUACUUAUUAUAAUAACAGAGGUCCACCUGGGCCGCGGGGAUUUCCGGGACCUCCAGGCGCACCUGGGCCACCCGGUAAAAAAGGAGAACCUGGAAGAGAUGGGUUAGGAGGUUUGCAAGGCUCGCCUGGUCCGCCGGGAAAUGUGUUCAUAAUACCAGCACUGAAUCAACAAGGAAACGAGAAAGGACCUGAUACUCAGGCAGAAGCUCUGAGGCAAAUGCUCUCGCAGCAUAUGAUGUCUAUGAGAGGUGCCGAAGGUCCUAUGGUUCCUGGACCCGAAGGACCUCCUGGAAUUCAAGGUCAAAAGGGAGAACCUGGAGAAGUUGGUGAACCAGGACCUCGUGGUGAAAGAGGUAUUCCGGGAAACACUGGUAGGGAAGGUAGACGAGGUCGGCCUGGAAGAGAUGGAGAACGAGGUUUGAGUGGUCCACCAGGCAUGAAAGGAGAACAAGGUGUACCUGGAUUGCCUGGAUUACCAGGAGAUAAAGGCGAAAGAGGGUUACAGGGUGCCACUGGUGAACAGGGUUUACCAGGUCAUGAAGGCAUGCAGGGUGACGACGGUCCUCCAGGCUUACCCGGUUUGCCUGGCGAAAUGGGACCUAGAGGAUUUAUAGGACCACGAGGUUUCCCGGGAUUACCAGGAAAUCCUGGUAUUCCUGGAAGCGAAGGUCCACCUGGAGCAAAGGGUAAUACUGGUCCACCGGGACCUUCAGGUUCACCAGGAAAUCCGGGUCCAAUUGGGCCAGUAGGUCCACCAGGACCUCAAGGUCUUUUGGGACCAACUGGUUUAGUGGGACCACAAGGAAAGCCAGGGAUCCCAGGGUUAUCGGGUGCAGAUGGAUCGCCUGGUCAUCCUGGAAAUCCAGGAGUUCCUGGAAUGAAAGGCGAACAAGGGCUGCAGGGUCCACAAGGUCCAAUAGGUUUUCCGGGAGUGCGUGGUGUGAAAGGCGACGAAGGCAAGCGUGGAUUACCUGGUGAACGCGGCGAAAAGGGAGACAGAGGUUCAGAAGGAGAAAAAGGUGAUCUUGGAUCAAAGGGAGAGCCUGGAUUACCAGGUCCGCAAGGAAUUCCUGGAUUGGAAGGUUUAGAAGGGCCAAAAGGUUUUGAAGGACCGCGUGGUGAAAGUGGAUUAGUUGGUUCGCCUGGUGAGAAAGGUAAAACUGGACCGCCAGGAUUUGUUGGAUAUCCAGGAAAUCUCGGCGAGAAAGGCGAUAAAGGUCAGCCAGGGAGAGAAGGUCACAGUGGAGAUAAAGGAGAAAGGGGAAAUAAUGGCGCACCAGGGGAACGCGGUGAACCAGGACCAAGGGGAUUUAGAGGUGCUCGUGGAAGAAGAGGUGCCGAAGGAUUACCAGGACCUAAGGGUGACACUGGACAACCAGGUCCUCCGGGAGUACAAGGAGAACCCGGUCCGCCAGGGGUUGAAGGACCCCGUGGAUUUGUGGGAUCUCCUGGUCAAGCUGGUCUUAAUGGAAAAGAUGGGAUUCCUGGACCUCCCGGAGAACGUGGGCCAGUGGGUGAUUCUGGACCACCAGGUCCUCCAGGCGCGCCAGGUGUUAUUGGUCCACAAGGUCCAGCUGGUGAACCUGGACAACCAGGAGAACCUGGAAGCCCAGGAAGUCCAGGAGCUCCUGGUGAAUCGGGCUCCCCUGGAGAUCAAGGCAAAGAAGGGCCACCAGGGCCAUCUGGUCUUCCAGGAAAAGAGGGUCCACCAGGUCCCGGCGGUUUACCAGGAUUUCCUGGCGAACGAGGACUAAGUGGUUUACCGGGAAUGCCAGGUGUAAAAGGUGAAAUAGGACCACCCGGAGUUCAAGGUCCGUCAGGUGAUAAAGGGGCUCAAGGAGAACCUGGAAAAGACGGUGAAAGUGGACCUCAAGGAAAUCAAGGACCAAAAGGUCCGCCUGGACCAGCUGGUUUGAAAGGCGAUAGGGGUGAGCCUGGACCAUUAGGCCCUGUUGGACGAGAUGGGUUGCCAGGGCAACGUGGUCUGCCAGGUUCUCCCGGUCCUGUUGGAGUUCCAGGAGAAGAUGGCGAUAAAGGAGAUAUUGGACAACCUGGUGAAAAAGGAUUCAAAGGAUCUCAAGGAGAACAGGGUCCACCUGGACCACCUGGAACACAAGGACUUCGAGGUGAACCAGGUGCUAUUGGUUUACCAGGUGAAAAGGGACCACCUGGAGAAAUCGGAAGACAAGGAUCAAAAGGCGAGGAUGGCCCCGUUGGAAUAUCAGGUCCUCCUGGUCCUGUAGGACCACAGGGAUUGCCUGGUCCACCAGGAUUAAAAGGCGAAGUCGGGGAUAGUGGCGUAAUUGGUCCUGUAGGACCAGCGGGAAGUCCAGGCGAGCAAGGACCAAGAGGUCCAAAGGGAUCCGAAGGUUUGCAAGGUCCUCCAGGACCAGAAGGUCGUCAAGGAGUAAAAGGAGAAGCCGGAGCAACAGGACUUCCAGGUUCUACAGGCCUUGAAGGGAAACCGGGUGAAAGAGGUCCUCCAGGUGCAAAAGGAGAGGAAGGGAAAAGUGGUCCUCCAGGUCCACCCGGUGGCCGUGGUAUAAAUGGUCCAGAAGGACCAAAAGGUAAUGCUGGGCCUCCUGGUUUCCCCGGACCUCCUGGAGAGCCUGGUUUGGUCGGUAUGAAGGGAGAGCCUGGGAAGGACGGUGAAGAUGGUAAACUCGGAGAUCCUGGGUCACCGGGAGAAAUUGGUCCUCCAGGGAAAGAAGGAUUACCUGGUCCACCUGGAAAACAAGGUUCUGAGGGUCCAGCAGGAGUACAAGGAAGUCCAGGUUCUCCAGGGGAGAAAGGAGACAUUGGUCCACCUGGAGCACAGGGUCCUCCAGGUUCUACAGGAUCACAGGGUUUUCCGGGACCACCUGGUUUGCCAGGUGUAAGAGGGCUUCCAGGUUUAGCUGGAGAAAAUGGUCCACCGGGGAUGUCAGGAGCCGUUGGCACUUCGGGCAAAGUUGGACCAGUUGGACCAAAGGGUCCAAAGGGAGACAGGGGUAAACGAGGACUGAAAGGACAUCGAGGUGAACUGGGACACGUCGGAAUUAAAGGAGAACAAGGCGAAAAGGGGGAACAAGGACCACGAGGUGCUCCAGGAUCAGAAGGAGUCAAAGGAAACCAGGGUCCACCAGGUUUAAUGGGGUUCAAAGGAAAUGAAGGUCCACCUGGACUUCCUGGAUUGGAAGGACCACUAGGACCGAAAGGCAAUAUUGGAAAUGAUGGAGCUAAAGGCGAAGUCGGUCCUCCUGGACCACCGGGUCCACCUGGACCACCUGCAGAGCAACCAAUGAUUCCACCAGAGUUGCUGUUUACGAGAGAGCAAAUUCUGCGAAAGAGACGCGACGUUUUGACAAAUACAACCGGCGAAGACGAGAAAGAAAGGAAGUCAGAAAGCUUGGACAAAGAUGGUCACACCGAAGAGGAGCUUGGACCGAAAUUCUUGGAUAUGUACAGUUCUAUAUAUGCUAUGAGACAAGAAUUGGAUCGAAUACGUAAACCAAUUGGAAGUAGAGAAAAUCCUGUAAGGACUUGUAAGGAUCUAUUUUACGGUCAUCCACAUUUUCACGAUGGUUGGUACUGGAUUGAUCCGAAUUUAGGAAUGGCUGACGACGCUGUGUACGUUUAUUGCAAUCUAACGAAUAUGGGUGAAACUUGCGUAUACCCUGACAUCCAUACAAGUCAAAUGCCAAAUAUACCAUGGAGGAAGGAAAAUAACAAGACAGAUUGGUACUCGAAUCUGCGUGGUGGAUUUAAAAUUACAUACGAGGCCAUGGGCGUAGUGCAAUUAAAUUUUCUGCGAUUACUGAGUCAAGAAGCCUAUCAGAAUUUUACUUAUACCUGCAUAAACAGCGCGGCGUGGUACAAUGCUACAAGCUUUAAUCACAAUUCCUCCCUACGUCUUCUUGGUGCGAACGAGGACGAAUUUUCGUAUACCGGUAUCAAACCACAAGUCGUUAUAGACAAAUGUAAAACACGCAAGAGUAAAGGCGAAACGGUGUUCCUGAUUCACAGUAAAAAGUUGCAACAAUUACCAUUGGUAGAUUUUUAUCCAGUUGAUUAUGGAUUGCCGCAUCAGGCGUUUGGUUUCACCAUUGGACCAAUUUGCUUCAAAUAA